CAGGCAGUGUACUUUCUUCUUCAGUAAUUAGCUUGGCUUCCAGCAAAGCCAUGCUUCAGCAUCUUCGAGAACAACCCGUCACGACUAGAGCGCAUCUGUUGUAAAAUACAGUUUAUUUUCAGUUCCCUGUCAGAGAUGGGCGAAAUCAGUGAAGCGUCCUUACUGGAUUACAUCUGUUCCUCAGGAGGAAAAGUCAAAAAUUCAGAUCUGUCCAAAACAUAUAAGCAUUUUAUAAACCAUAGCGAUUUGCAACUACGUGCCAAAUACAGAGAAGAGUUCAAACUCAUCAUUGAUAGAAUUGCUGUGGUGAAAUCUGAGAAUGGAGAGAAAUACCUCAUCCUCAAGAAGAAGCAUAGACAACUAAUACAGGAGCGAGGGUCUGGUGCUGAAAAGGGAGGAGAAUCAGUCAAGCAGGCUCAUCCGAACCUACAAAAUGAGCUCCAGGUCUCUAACCCAGUGCAGAUCCAUAACCCAACAGAUCAGAAACAGCCAGUAAUGGUGGCCUGGUGCUCAGGACCAAUGAUUACAGUCACAGAGGCACAAGAACCGACCCAGACCGAUAAUCAGGCAGACAGCACCCUCUCACCGCCAGCAGAGGAACCAGAGAAACCAGAGCAUCUGACGGAGGAGCUUUCAGCGUCAGACAGAGAAGAUGAACUCGACAAGGAUUCAGGGUCAAAGAGUGAAUCUGAGCAGGAGGAGGAGUGUGGAGGCAGUUUGGGAUCCACCGCUGUGGCUCUGGAUCCUCUUGAGAAAGAGUGGAUCUUCUCGGCAGCAAGUGGCAAACUGUCUCAUCUCAUUCAGCUCCUGAAACAAGACUCUUCUCUGGCCAAUAAAAAGGACUUUACCUCAGGGUUUACAGCGCUACACUGGGCUGCGAAACACGGUAAAGAAGACAUGACCACAGUGUUGGCGGAAGCAGGGGCUGACAUCAAUACGAAAGCGCAUGGAUACACACCUUUACACAUCGCAGCACUGCACGGACAUCGACAUAUAGUUGACCUGCUGGUUAGGACGUACGGAGCUAAGGAGAACCUGCGGGACUACAGCGGUCACUUAGCAUGUCAUUACCUCAAUUUACGGGAUACACAAUUAGAAGACCAGGAACUAUCUGAAGUCAGCGAGUGCCACAGUCUAACCCAGGCCGGAGAGCGCAGGAACAGAAAGAUCACGUCAUUAUUUCACUCCAUGAAGAAGUGGGGUUCCGCGGAGGAGCUUGCGCCGGUACCGGAGGAGAGGACUGUUGCUCAUCAGCUCAUGCUGCCUGCGUUUAGGCCUAGAAAGUUCUCACGGUAGACUGUGUGAAGUCCAAACAUCUUCAGUCUUGCUUUAGUGCCAAUUGGAUAGUUUAUGGAUGAAAACGCACUUGUUUUCUUUGCUGCUUUUUUUCCCGCACAAAUAGUAUGAUGGAGUUACACUCACAUUUUAAAUAGCAAUUCAGCUUAAUAAUUAGCCUAGGUACACUAUGUAACUUUUGGCCCUCUAGUGGCUAAAAAACUGCAUGUAUUUUGCUGAAGAACAUUGUUUCGGUUGUGCUUCGGCUCUGCGUGACUCUGUGGAUGAAUAUGGUUAUCAUACUGCUCAUAAAACAUUCACUUACAGUACAGUCCAAAAGUUUGGAACCACUAAGAUUUUUAAUGUUUUUAAAAGAAG